UGCUGGAGGCCACUUCCGGUUUUGUGUGGAUUUGUAUUCUUGUAGCUGUAGCUAACAAGGUUUCAAAUUCUGGUUUCUUAAAGUAUUUUAUAUUUCUCUAUUGUCCUUUGGCAAAAGUUUCAGAAUCCUGCAAGAUGGAUAGUGAAACGUCAGACUUUGAGCCUACUCCUGGACCUGAAUACAGUAGCAUGGAAGGGGAAAAUGCACCUCUUUACUGUAUUUGUCGAAAACCAGAUAUUAACUGCUUCAUGAUUGGUUGCGACAACUGCAAUGAGUGGUUCCACGGACAUUGCAUUAACAUCACUGAGAAGAUGGCGAAGGCAAUUCAGGAGUGGUACUGCAUGAGAUGCAGAGACAGAAACCCAACUCUUGAAGUAAAAUAUAGAUCUAAGAAGAAUCGGGACAAAGAUGCCGAGCUUGAAAGACAAUACAGUACUCCGAGCACUCCAGAUUAUAAAAGUGAAAAGCGGCGUGGAUCCAAAGUGAAGCGUUCAGUGCGUAUGUGUGGGGAAUGUGAGCCCUGCAGGAGGACCGAAGACUGUGCUCAGUGUGACUUUUGCAAAGACAUGAAGAAAUUUGGAGGCCCAAACAAAAUAAGACAAAAGUGCAGGUUCCGCCAGUGUGAGGUUCGAGCAAGGAAAAUGCUGCGAGUGAAGGAUGAGGAAUUCUCUUUGCGGGAAAGAAGAGAGAAUUCUCACCACAGACGGAGACACUAUUCAGAUGACUAUGACAGCGAGGCAGAACUGUACGAGCAGUACAAGGCCGCCGGCAUGGACGACAGCAUGGCAUGGGCUAGCGAGGAUGACGACGAGCCAAUCUUCAGUCCUGUCGUACGUAAGAAAGCUAUAAAGGUGAAGCACGUCAAAAGAAGAGAAAAGAAGUUUGAUAAGAAAAAAGAGUCACGCCGCCACAAACAGAAGCAAAAACACAAAGAUAGAAGCAGACACAGUGACAGGGGAGAUCUUCGAGACAGCGGAGGACUGCGUCAAUGUUUGGGCCCAAAUUGUGUGGAAGGAGCAAGACACAACUCAAAAUACUGCUCUGAGGAAUGUGGGAUGAAGUUAGCAGCCAAUCGGAUCUAUGAGAUCCUUCCUCAGCGCAUCCAGCAGUGGCAGCAGAGUCCCUGCAUCGCUGAGGAACAUGGGAAGAAGCAGCUGGAGCGCAUCCGCAAGGAGCAGCAGAAUGCCAGGCUCCGCCUCACUGAGAUGGAGCGCCGCUUCCAUGAGCUGGAGGGCAUCAUUGCCAAGGCUAAGCAGCAGGCCGUUCAGCAGGAUGAGGAGGUGAACGAGGGCGACAGCGAGGAUACGGAUCUGCAGAUUUUUUGUGUCUCCUGCAGUCAUCCCGUCAACCCAAAAGUGGCUCUAAGACACAUGGAAAGAUGUUAUGCGAAGUAUGAGAGUCAGACAUCAUUUGGUUCCAUGUAUCCCACAAGAAUAGAGGGUGCAACCAGACUCUUCUGUGACGUGUACAACCCUCAAAGUAAGACCUACUGCAAAAGGCUUCAGGUUUUGUGUCCAGAGCAUUCCAGAGAUCCCAAGGUACCAGUUGAUGAAGUGUGUGGAUGCCCACUGGUGAAGAAUGUGUUUGAGCUGACAGGAGAAUAUUGUAGAGUUUCCAAAAGGAAAUGCAACAAACACUACAACUGGGAAAAAUUGCGAAGAGCUGAGGUGGACCUGGAACGAGUCAGAGUGUGGUACAAACUGGACGAGCUUUUUGAGCAAGAGAGAAAUGUCAGGACUGCGAUGACCAACAGAGCCGGCCUUUUGGCUCUGAUGUUACACCAAACCAUCCAACACGACCCCUUGACCACUGAUCUCCGUAGCAACAAAGACAGAUAAUCAACCUACAUUUACAGCAGAUUGCAUUAAGUUUCAAAGACAAUGAUGCAAAUGUAUAGAUUAACUACUCCUACUUUGAUAAGUAAUUUUCUUAGUAUAUAUUAAUAUGUUUGAUAAUUUAUCUAUUUUUUCCUCUUGGCUAGUGCUCAUUAAAACAGCUUUAUCUGUAAUAAAUAAUGAACACCCUCAGUCUCAUGCAGACUUCUGAGUUUGAUGUGCAAGUUUGUUAAAAUGUGAGCUGCAUUGAAAUGAAACUUUAAUACAUUUUGUUAAAUGCAGCUGCAUAUUUUUACGCAAUCUUCAUACAUGUUUUAUGCCAUUAAAAAGAAAUGCAGGAUUUAUUAAAGACUUUGUUAAAACUCCUAAA